AACGUCGAGAGUUUCACCUUGGAGUCUUAAAGUCCGCUUUUAUCAUGUGAAAGAAAUGUCAUUCUGAAAUGUUAUCAUUCCAAUUGUUGCUGUCUCGAGAUGGAGUGGAUGUUUUGAUGGUGUUGUGACAAGCAUACCAACACACCCUCGCCACAUCCACAACAGCCGACGUGUUUUGAUUUGCUUUAAAUCAUCGCUGUCACAGCGAGGCUGUCUAAUGUUAUAAAAUUAGUUUUCGUUUUACGUCUCGGGUUUUUGAACAGCAACAGCGAAAUGUGACGUGGGCUGACCGCGCCACUCUAGACCUGACUAGGCAAACACAGACAGGCCGAGCCGGCGACGCGUUGCCUCCCCUUGCAGACAUUUUGUAGCUGGAGUUGUCGUCCCCGCGCGGGUUGUCCGCCCCAUAUAAUAGCAGAACUGAGUCGUCUGACUUGAUUCUAUUAGCGGCCUCAAGAUCACACGCCACAUGGACUAUUCUAUACCCCAUUUAGGUCCCGUGGUAGUGACGUCACCAGCAUGAGAUGACCUGACGGGCCAUGGCCAACUACGUCAAGCGGCUGCGGGCCUGCCUGGCCCCCCUCCUCCUCAUCUACACCGUGUCCGUCACCUACUUCCUCGCCCAGACGGCCUGGGGUAACGCCCCCGAGGAGGGCGUGUCCAACCGGAAGCACCCAGCCGUCAUUGACGUCUUGGUGCAGGAGGAGAGACGUCACCUGAGGAGUUUCCAGGACAUCGUCCAGAGCAACCGGGAUUCGAACCCGCCCUCUUACAUCGCUGGCAGAACACGUCGGAACCUCCAGGUGACCAACUCCAGCGUCAUGGACCAGGUGUUGAUUCUAGACGAGAUGGGGACAGACGGAGUCAGGGAAGACGCAGGCAGCGUCAGACACCCUGGUGACGUCACAGUUGCCAGCGACGAGGGACUGGUCGGAAAAAGUGACCGCGACCUCGGACAGAAUUCCGACUCGCAGAAGCAGACGUUCACAGACACGAAGCAGACGUUCAAAGUGGAGGUGGAGCAGUGGGACCACGGGGAGGGGCAUAGGGGAGGUCACGUGAUGAACAAGGCGGUCCACAGACCGGCGCCCAGUCUCCCGAAAUGGCCGGCCCAGCAGAAGAUCGGCCCCCGACACGCCGAGGUCAAAUACUCCAUCGAAUACUGCGACGGCAUCUUCAAAGACCUGGGUACCACCAGCAACAUCUGCGAGAGAAGGCUGGCCACUGAAGGUUCUGACCAGCACAUCCCGCCCAGCAAAACUUCCUUGUCUUUCAUCGUCCUGGGGGACGUCUACAUCUUCUCGUCCUUUCUCGACACGAGGGUCACCCCGCCCUUGGUUCGUUUCAUUACCAUAGGGAUUCAAGGUCGCGACCUGACGAAAUCCUACUAUUGGUGUGUUUUUGAUGUUCCAGUCAGAGGAAGUAACGACACACACACGGACACACACACGGACACAGCGACACACACGGACACAGCGACACAGCUGGAGUACUGGGCAGCCAGCGACGGACAUAAAAAACCUGCCCAGUUUUACAUCCUGUCAUGUCCGGUUCCAGACCUCGCCCUGCCGUCCUUCUACUGGCGGCACCAGGGGACGAUCCGUGUGGUCAUCGGUGACCAGCACAGCCCGCGGCUCAACCCCGGCCAGGUGGGCGUCACCGUCCCCGUGGUCAACAACCUGGCGGGGUCAGCUCGACCCAGGGGCGGUAACUCGUCAGGAAACAAGCGGGAGUAUUUCCAAAAGAUGGAGCAGGACCUACAGCUGUUGACCAACGUCAUACAGGCAGAUAACAACGACGAUGAAGAUGUUAGUGUAGAUAAUAAAAACAACGGCGAUGAUAAUAUCAAUAACGGUAACAAAUUCUUUUUCCAAACCCCAAACUUGGAACAGCCUGAUGGCGAUGUAAAUAAUAAAAAUGUAAACAUUUUCGCCGAACCGGAAGUGGAGAACUCUGAGUCAUUUUCGGAAAUUUCCGACUACAAAAUUGUUGCCUGCGUGGCCCCACUUCAGGGCAACAUCGGGGUCAUCCAGCUGAUUGAGUUCAUAGAGCUUCAGCUGUUGCUAGGCAACCACCACAUCGUCUUCUACGCAUUCCAAAGCUCGGAAGAGAUGAGCAGCAUCUUGCGGAUGUACGAGAGGCGAGGCCUGGCGACUGUCCUGGCCUGGAAAGUUCCGAGCCCUGGCUCCAUCUGGGCCAACGGUCGAGACGUGGCCCUCAACGACUGCCUGUACCGGACCAUGCAUUUAUUCCACUACGCCAUCUUUCUAGACAUCGACGAGUUCUUCGUCCCGAGGGCCACGCCGGACAUGCCGUCCUUCCUGCGCUACCUGAAGGCCGUGCACCACUUCAACGCUUCCAGAAUCUCCGACCUGGUCUUCAGCUCGGCCUACUUCCCGGCGCCCACCAAGCAGGAGUACAAGAACGUCAGCCUGGCGCCAGACUUCACCAAGGACGUCAGCCGCAUGGCCACCCUGAAGAGCGUGUUCAGGUCGUACCACAACCAGCAGCACACGCUGCGCAUGCUCAGGGGCGAGAAGGCGUUUCGAGUGGGGCCGGGGGAGCGCCGGAAGACGUCGUUCAACAUCAGCCCGCGCUACGCCGCUGUACACCACUACAGCUUCUGUCCGCGGGUCACGGCUGACCCAGGCAAGACCCAGGCUGGUCUUAACGUCAGUAAAACUUUCAACGACAACAACGUUUUGACGCAAAAUCAAAAUACCGGGGAGUCAAGACAACAGAUUCCCCGCGAAGACAAGGCAGCUGUUUCCGGUGACCUGACGAAAGGUCACGUUUUAGUGACGUCAUCGCCGGCAAGCACGGCCCCUGUGGAUAUGUGCCUACACAAAAAGGUGGAUUGGAUUAUGUGGAGGUACAAGGCCAAGUUAAUCGAACGGACUAAAGAAAGUAUUCGCCGCCUAAACAAAGGUUCAGGGUGAAGUGGGUCAAGUGGGAGUUGCCAGAUAAAUAUUUAUAAAAGCUGCCGAACGGGACCUGGGUCACGCGACAAACAAAAUUAAAAACCUGCUUUGUAGAUCGCUCGGCUAGUUUUGACAAAUCGGGCUUUGUAAAUAGCCUGUGUAAAUGGUAGGUGUAAAUGGUCGGCAUAAAUGGACGGUGUAAAUGUUUGAUGUGAAACAUGGGUGUGAGUGUUAUAAUUACGGCUGAUUUUAAACGAGCCAUUGAUGGAGGUUUGGUCCCUCCUCAGCAAACGUGACCAGUUCGUCGGUUCAACAUCCACGCUAACCUUGACCUUUUGACACGUCGGCCUCUGUACCACGUGAUGUUGACCCGUAUACGCAGACAACUAGGCCGUUGUUCAUCUCAUGUAACUGACCCAGUAACCCCUCCCUCCCCCCCUCCUCACUCCAACCUGGAGUGUCAGAGACCACAGGAAAACAACUGGGAUGUGACGUCAUGGGGCCAAUGUGCUGGCUCGUGCAACACCACAACACCGAUAUCUGAUUGGAUGUUUGAUCUCUACCGUCUAGAACGUAUAGCAGUGGUCAAACUUCACACGGCCAAAUUUUUAUCAGUAUCAUAUUAGACGGUCAAUUUUGUACCAGUAGCAAACUUUAUUCGGCCAAGUUUGUAAGAGAAGCAAAGAUUUAGUCAGUAGCAAACUUAAGACGGCCUAGAAUGUAUCAGUUUCAAACUUCAGAAAGUUUAUUUUAGCAACAGGCUAAUUUUUUACCCUCUCCCCCCCCCCCCCAUCCGCCUCCCCCUGCCCGCCGGGGUGGAGUGACAGACGCCUUACGUCACACCAGCAGACGGUACACAUGGCCUGACAUUGUGGCGGGAUUUUUUCGCGGGCUGUCGUCUGCAAAAGGUCUUCGCUGUGGCAUAAAGCACACAGGUUUUGCUAACGACAAGCACACGUUGCCUAUGUACACCUUGAAAAUAAAUACAAAAGCUAUUUAUAAAUGUUGAAGAAUU